AUGACCUCUGGAAAUCCUCCAUCGUCAGAUAAUAAUUAUCUCUUUGAAUGGGAACAAAUAUGCUUAGAAUUUUUUAGUAAUAAUGAUAAAAUUGCUGAAGCAGUGGUUGGACUUGUAGAAUUUGCAUCUCGUUCUAAUGGUGAAAUAACUGUCAAUUUCGAUUCUAUUGAUAAAAAUUUGAAAAAGGAAAAAAUUGAAGAAUUACUG